GCUUUAAAAUUGGUGUCAAAAAACAUAUUUAAAAUGACCGGAAUCAAUCGACCGAUGAGUCAAAUGAGGAAGCUGGAAACUAAAGAAGCACUAUUCCGAACAAGGAAGCGCAUCCUCAAGUACUUGGUGCUGGGUUUCCUGAAGCAGGAGGGCUUGCUUCGCACCGCGGAGACCAUGUCCUCGGAGGCUGCCAUGACGGACGAGUACACCCUGUGCGACAACAUCGACUUAGAUAUCAUACUGCAGGACUACUGCAGUUAUUACAUGAUCCGGUUUAACAAGCAGCCCCAGUUCUGCCGCAAGGUUGAUGAUGCACCGGCGAAGAGGCCUCAGACGAGGCGCACCAGACCAGAGCCCGUGGUGGUGGAGAAGGAAGACCCGGAUCCCGAUCUGCCUUCCACCUUCACUGUCACCAAGUUAUUGAAGGAUAACCAGCUGGCGAACUGUACAAUACCCGCCAUAGAACGAAAGCCUCUAUCUGGACUUAUGUCAAAUAUGACCUCAGAGAAGAAGCAGCUAGUGGAACUCUUGUACCAGGACAUCAUACGACCAUCGGGUGUGUGCUGGGACGAUAUCAAGGGUUUGACCACAGCUAAGAGCAUUCUAAUGGAGUCUGUGGUGUAUCCCGUUAGAUAUCCAGAAGUGUUCACCGGUCUCCUGGAACCUUGGAGGGGGGUGCUGCUCCACGGACCACCGGGCACCGGGAAGACCAUGCUAGCGCGUGUCGUGGCCAGCGAGAGUGGGUGCACGUUCUUCAACAUCACCUGCAGUACGAUCGUCAACAAGUGGCGUGGGGAGUCGGAGAAGAUCGUCAAGGUACUUUUCGAAAUGGCUUCCUACUAUGCCCCUUCGAUCAUCUUCAUCGACGAGGUGGAGACCCUCGCGGCGGAGCGAGGAGCCGGCGAGCACGAGGCGUCGCGGCGGCUUAAGUCGCAGCUGCUGACAGAGCUGGACGGCAUCACGCAGAGAGACGGCAUCGUGUUCCUGCUCGUCAACUCCAACAUGCCUUGGGAAAUCGACCCGGCAAUGCUGAGGCGAUUGGAGAAGAGGAUCUACAUACCGCUACCAGAUUUCAAAACCCGCGAGGAACUUUUCGAGACGUUUCUGAACAGCAAGAAUAUAGAACUGGUGCCCAAGGUCAACUUCCAGGAGUUAGCUGCUAAGACUGAGGGUUACUCCGGGAGCGAUGUGAAAAUGGUCUGCAAGGAGGCUCUGAUGAGCAGCGUGAGGAAGAUGCUGCCUUACAUGGGGGGAAAGAAUCAUACCAAUCGUAAAGACAAGAUAUCUCUCUCCGAUGUUCUCACGGCGAUUGAGAAGACGAAACCAGUUUCGAAGAGCCUAUCAAAAAGACACCAGGAGUGGCAGAAUGAGAUGGGGUCAUCUUAGUAAUAGAAGUAGGAAGAGAGAGAGUUCAAGAGGAAAGUAGGAAGAGAGAGAGAGUUCCAUAGGGAAGUAGGUACACCUACCAUACUUAUUUAAAUAUAUUUAAAAAGCUGGAAAGGAAGCUGAAGCGUGAGUUCCUAAAUAAGAAGCAUUUUUUCCACAAAGCGGUACAUUAAAAUUAAGUUUUCUUUUUUCGAGUAUCUCUGGGACGUCGUAUCGGUAUAAAAGAAUUUAAAGUAAACCAUUAUAUUUGUAUUGCAAGGUUAAAUCUGAAUUCGUAUUUAUAUAGCUCUAUUCACAAAUAUGAAAAAAACAUUAUUCAAUACCUAACUAAAGUAUGAUUUUGUUGAAAAAGCUCUUCAAUUCAAGUCGCUUCGCUCUCAGCUCUCAUAAGAUAGUAAAAUUCUAUUGAUUGUAAACUAUAAAUGAUGUUGAAAAAGAGCUAUUU